AGAGAGAGAGAGAGAUAAUUUUUUUACAUGGCAGGUACACUGUAUCUGUGUUUAUAUUUCAAAUAUUUUAUCAUUUUAUCAAAAAAAUUGAGUCAACUCAAUUAAUAUAAAUUAAAUCGAAAAAUCUCGGUAAAUAGAAAUUCAAAGUAAGAAUAAAUAAAAGUACACCUAAAAGUAUCAUGCAUUUAUAUUUAGGUGCAUUUUGUUAUAUAAAUGUUUAUAAGACCAAAAAAUUCUCAAAUAUGUCAACAUAUAUAUAUAUAUUCUUCCAAACGCAUUAUUAUAUAUCAAUUCUUGUAUCAUAAAUUUCACAAAAACUUGAAAGACAUUUGUUGAAGCAUUUUUAAAUACAUGUCAUGUUUUAAAGUCCUAUUUUAUCAAAAUUUGUUUAAAUAAUUUAUUUAUUUAUAUAUAAUCAAUCUUUUCCAAAUAUUUGUACAGUUUAAAAUUUCAGUAUUUUCACAAAUUUAAAUUUAAAAUUCUACUUAUUAAAAAAAUUCAAGGGAUAAUGCUUUCAUGUUGACAGAAUUGAAAUUUGUAGAAAACUCAAAACUUUAGUUUAUUUUUUUUAAUUAUUAUACGCACUUGAAUGUUAAUUCUAAAGUAAUUUGAGAAAGAAACUCACUUAGUUCACAUUAAUAACAUUAUCUUAUUAAAAUAAAUAAAUAAAAAGGAAACACUCUAUGGAAUUAUGUCCUUGUCCAUAUUCAAAUAUCAUUUCAGAGCUGCAUUCACAAUUUUAGAAAAAAUUGAUGAUUAAUUAAUGCCAUAGAUCUCAACAAAUACAUCAAAAUGGAAAAUAAAGCAUUACUAUGGUCCAAGCCAGAGAAGGUAGGAUGGCUAUUUCACCAAAAACGCAAUUUGCAAGUAAAAGAAUGGAAGAAACUCAAUUGCAUGAUCAAAGGAAACUAUUUAUUCUACACCCACAAAUUGAAUCAGCAAGAGCCAACGGGGAUGAUGGCAUUGAAGGGAGGAGGAGCCGAAAGGGCUCGAUAUGAUCCCCUUGAGCCAACAAAGCAUUGCUUCCUUGUCCUCACGAUCACCAUGUUGCCCUCGUCGGCCCCCCACCCACAACACAUUCCGCUUCGGAAUGUCCCCAUUCAUGCCUCUUACUCCUUUGCUGCUGCUUCCCUUGCCGAAUGCCUCUCUUGGGUGGAAUGUAUAAAUGAAGCUGCGCAAUCAAUCCACAUUCCUAGGCUAAAACUUGAAUAUGCUCAUAACCAAGUGGAGGGUCUUAAAGCUCGUUGGGUUAAAUCACAAAUCCAAGAUUCAGGCAAGGAAGUAGAAUCGGAUCUUUUAUUUGGAGAAGAAGACCCUCUUGUGUUACAAGCUCUUGCAAAUGAUUUAAUGAGUUUAUAUCACUUGAUGGAUCUUGCAAAAAAAAGCAAAGAUAAUGCAUCUAAACAACUGAAUGAUGCGCUUCAUCACAUUGCGGAGCUUAAGGAAUCAACAUCCAAAUUAGAAGAACAAGUUGACAACCAGCACAAAGAUUCAAUUGAAAAAGCCAAGGCAGAUGUAAAUAAAAUUAAUGGAGUUUUGGAGCCACUUUUAUUUCUCAGACAAUCCUUGCAAAAUGUAUCGAAAGAAAUUGAAGUGCUUGAUGGAGGUCAAGAAUAUGGACCUGAAGUGAGGGUGGUAGAAUUAAGUGAAAAUGUUUUAGAGUACACCCUAAAAAAAAUCCAAAUGAUACAAAAAAAGAAAGAAGAUGUUAAUAAGAGGAAUUCUUUACCCAAUGAAGAUGAAAUUUAUAUUCUCAGUGAAAAACUCAAUGUAAUGUAUCAAGAUGAACUUGCUCUUUUGCAAAGAGCUCUUCCAAAGGAAAAUAUAGAAUUAGUAUCUCAAUUUGGUGGAAAUCAAUUAAAACGUGAUACUCAUGUUUCAAUUGGAAAUGAAAGUGCAAAAGAUGACACAAAUGUAAUUGCAGAAAUGAGAUUCAUUGAAAGGAAAGAAUCUAUUGAGGCUCCAUUUGCUUUUCCCAAAAAGAUCAAUUGGUGGUCAAACAAGUCUUCUACUAAUCACAACAAUGAACAUGAAAAUAUUGCAAGUAAUCAAGAUUAAAUAGAAGUGAGGUUCCUAAAGGAUAAUGGGUUUUAAGUAAUAGAACAAUGCAACGUAGGCAUAUUGAUGACUUAUUUCUAGGAUUGCUUUUACUUUGUUUAAUUUAAUGCUUAAUUACAAAGAUUGAAUGAAUUAUUUUUAUAUUAUGAUUUAGGAGAACAGUAAAUUUGAUAAGGGUUGAAAACUUAGCCAGAGCUUGAAUAGAGUGGUGCAGAACAACCUCAAAUAGAUUAUGUACAAAUUUAUGAGUCAAGAAUAAUUCUUUCAUACAAUACAUAUAAUUGUAGAAAGCGCCAAACAAAAUAAGUUCAAAUUCAGAAUUUUGUAUUU